AUAUGUGGCGCCGCCCCACUUGGUGCCGAACUCAUUGAGAAGCUUGCGCGCAUCUUGCCGAACUCAGUCAUCGGCCAGGGCUAUGGAAUGACGGAGCUCGCUACGGGCGCGACAUCAAUUCCCCUGGACAGACGUGUUGGCGAGCCAGGCAGUGCAGGAGUCCUCCUACCUGGUAUAGUCGCUCGAGUUGUUCGGCAAGAUGGGACCGUCGCAGGGUUCAACGAGCUUGGAGAGCUGCAUCUGAAGACACCAUCAAUGUCUCUUGGAUAUCUGAACGAUCCGACUGCCACGGCGGAAACAUUCCGCGACGGCUGGGUUCAUACCGGAGAUGAGGUCAUUAUCAACGAGCGAAAGGAAGUUUUCGUGGUCGAUCGCAUCAAGGAGCUUAUCAAAGUGCGAGGCCUCCAAGUGGCCCCAUCUGAGCUAGAAAGUCACCUACUCGACCAUCCUGACGUCGCCGACGUUUGCGUCGUAGGCAUACCGGACGACUUCAGCGGCGAACUCCCCUUCGCUUUCAUAGUCCUCAACGACGGUGCCAGGGUGGAUAUAGAGGCGCACAAGAGGAAUCCGUACGCGAUCAAAGAGGCGAUGAUGGCAGUGCGUCUUUAUGUUUUCCCUUUUCGUGUAUGUGCUGAAUUUGUGGUUGUAGCACGUCGCAGAGCACAAAGCGAAGUACAAGCGACUUGCCGGCGUGGAGUUUGCGGAUAUGAUUCCUAA